CUGUGACGAAAUUCACACUUUUGUCGCUUCCCCAAGCAAUGUACGCUGAAAUGAUUUGACAAAUCGAACAUUGUUUUAUUCGUGAGUAAAUUAUCGGUUAUAAUUAGUACAAUUUUGUUGUGGAAUAAGAUUAGGGUGCGAUUUGUCUGUCAUCACCCCACCCACACGUUCUGUCCGUUGAAGUGGCACUUUCACUUUGCUUUUCCACAGGGUAGCCUUAAAUUUGAGUUAUAAAUUGAGUGGUGAGUAAUAAAAACUCUUGAAUCCUCAGUGUGAUUCGUGCCAAUACGUGGUGCCAAUGGAUAUUAGAAAUGAUGAAAUGAUGGAAGAGGAUGGUUUGUUUUUUUCAUCCACCACACUGACCAACAAGCAUCGAGGGAAUGAAGUCACCGUACCUCCAGCUUCUUUAGACACUUUGUCUAUUCAUCAGCUGGCUGCACAGGGUGAGCUAUCACAAGUUGCUGCAUAUCUAAAUAAAGACAGUUCACUUCUCAACAAGCAAGAUGAACGGGGUUUCACACCUCUCAUGUGGGCUGCAGCAUUUGGUGAGAAAGCAAUGGUGGAUUACCUUUUGGAAAAGGGUGCUGAUCCCAAAACUAUUGCACGGGAGAGGGAAAGUGCACUUACACUUGCCAGCUCUGGAGGCUUUGCAGAUAUAGUUGCGUGUCUUUUGAGACAUGGAGUGGAUAUAAACUCAUAUGACUGGAAUGGGGGAACCCCUCUUCUUUAUGCUGUCCGUGGAAACCAUAUUAAAUGUGUUGAGACCCUUCUAGCCAAAGGAGCUGAUCUAACGAUUGAAUCUGACUCCGGGUACACUCCCAUGGCCUUAGCUAUUGCAAUGGGGCACAAGAAGAUCCAGAAAGUGUUGGAGGAUCACGUUAUAAAGCUCUACAAAUUAAAGACAUGACAUACUAAGAAUUAAUGCUUUAAAAAAAAUUAAUAAAUAAAUAAA